AUGUGCUGCGUUUCAGGGGAAAAAGAUGAUAAGGAUAAGAAUAAGCCAUCUGAUGGAGAGGUAAGGGAUAAAAUAUUUACUGAACAUGAAGAAUUGGGAAAAGGAUAUGAAAAUGAAGCAGGAGUAGAGAAAGGUCCAAAUAUGAAUUCAAAUUCCUUUGUUGAAAAUGAGAAAGACAGCAUCUUGCAAAAAGAUGCUGGUGUUUCCAAAGAAUCUGGUGUUUCCGAAGAAUCUAGUGUUUCCAAAGAGUCUAGUGUUUCCAAAGAAGCUAGUGUUUCCAAAGAAGCAGAGAGGCAGGAUGAGGAACCAAGUGACAAUUCAAGUCACUUUUUUGUUGGAGAUCAAGAAGAAGACAAAAUCAAAGAAAAGAAACAAGAAAAAAGUAAAGGCAAAGAGAAAAAAAAGAAUGGUUCUGUAUCAAAAAAACCAAUCAAUUCCUACUACCUAAACAAUAAUCAAGUUUUGUUAGAAGAGUUCAGUCCAGAAAUGAAAAGGUCAAAAUUUUGA